AUCAUUUGGAGUAUCCUAAAGCCCAUCUCUAUGGACUCCCCUGACAAGGCAGAUUCUGAGCAGACAGCUCCCUGGCUCUGCACCGUGGGCAAGAAGAGGCAGUCACACCUGACAUAAGCAGUGAAGGACAUCUUCUAGUUUCCAUCUCUUCAUUCUGCUUUUACAUUUUAGGAGAUUCUCAGCUUCAUGGGUUUUGAGAAGACCUUGACAACCACGGAUGCUAAAGGGAUCAGAAACAAUGAGCCAAAGAAUCUAUACUGUGUUUAACUUGUCUGUGUUGGGAUGUUGCCUUUAAGGUCACUGGGGGAGUAGUUUCAAGACAACCUGAGACUGACAAGGACUGGAUCAGAGAUGGAUGCUGUAGUAUAUGCAGUCCUUCAUCCUCCUCCUCAUGCCAGGUUAGAGCUGACUGUGCAGGAUCCUUAGGAGUGCAGCAGACUUGAAGCAGUAGGAUUUCCUAUUCCAUUGAUAAGUAAAGAACAUUUCAAAACAGUUCUUGCAAGUUAGGCUUAUUAGUGGAGUCACUUCCUUGACAGCCCCAAAUUUGUUUCAUUGCCUGAUCUUACUAGAAGUCAAAAUUCACCUUGACUUCUCAGGGCAAGGACCUGAUUAAGCUGAAGCCUUCAUCAUACCACAGUGGUUUUACCCUGCUGAUUCUCCAUGUCCCAGUAAUAUGGAGCAUCCACGCAUCAGCAUGUCACCAGCAAUUCCACAUUGCAUUUACGGCACCGGCUGACUUGCAGUGAAGGAGAACCACUAAGAGAUCCUCUUUGCCUGAGGGAGUACUGGAACUAUCCCACUGGCAGCUGGAGUAACACUAUGGCAGAAGUCCCUCCUUCCCCUAGGGAAAUGGAGCUGAGUUGGUUCUUGAAAUGACGGACAGCAUACCUUCAAGGUGGAGUUGAUCUGUACUCAAAACGAUUCCCAUUCAUCCACAUACCUCCUCAGAAGUGUUUGGUGCCUCUUUCAAGUGGGGCCAGCUAGUCAGACCCACAGAGACGUGAGUGCCACUUCCCCAUGCCUGAGAAGUCCCCAGCUCCACAGCGGUGACGUUGGCCAAGUCACCUGCACGAGGUUGGUUACUCCUCCAGUGUGUGUCCAUAAUUACCUCUCCAUGCCCAGAAGGGCAGGCAAGCUCUCCCACAGCUCACAGGAAAUAAUUACAGAGCAGCUCAUCUUCCUGCAGCAUGAAGCUCUUCCUGUUACAUCCCAGAGGCACCAGCAACAUUACUCAUAGUGGGUGAUGUUUCCCAGCAUGAUUCUCUCACCCCGGGUCAGCCAUCCAGCCCACUCCCACCUGGGGCUAGUCAAGCCCAGGACAGCACAUUGAUGCAGGGGAGCUGGGGAAGAAGGGGAGUAGAGAACAUGGCUCUGGCUGUGGGAAGCAGCCUAUCAAGAAAUGCUUGUUUAAUGCACAGCAGAUUAGCCUGCCUCAGGAAUGAACUGUUUCUGUAAAUCAAAUGGCUUCUCAUGAGUCAGGAGCCCAACCCUUUAUUACAGCAUUGCAUAUUUUCAGAAACGGAUGAAAAAGUAGCAGGCAUUUUGGAGAAGCUGUUUCACACUGCUGUGGGUCUACUUCCAAUUUAUUUGGCUGGUUGCUGUGCCACAUUCACAGCUCCCCAGCUUCACAUGUGGAGUAGCUGGAGGUGGUGCAGCAUGGUGCUGCCAUGGAAGAGGUACCCUCCCAUCCUGAUCCUUCCUUGAUAAAGGAGUUAAAGGCAAAGGCAGGUGACUUCUUGGGCCAGCUUUGCUGAAGAGAUGCCUUCUUAGCAGCUCCACCUGCAGUACUCCUCAUUCUCCUGAUCUGGAGGUGCCUUGAGUCUCCCUUGUUUUCUACAGGAGUGAAUGUUGGUCUCUGGUGGAGACCCAGCAGCCUCAGAAAGUCUUUUUACCUGCUUAUGGUGGUGCCUUAAGGCACAAUACCUGCCUUCAGGAAGUGGGCCUCACAGCCAUGGCAGAGAGCGAGCUUGUGUGUCAUUGUGUGUUGUCCUUGUCUGGUGAUAUAUGGUGGUAGCUGAGGGACUACCCUCACCCCAUAGGUAGGCUGGAAGAAGCUGGGAAGUGGGACCCUCAUUCUUCACUUCCCUAUAGCUCUGCUUUGUGGAGAGAGGUGACUCCCCACCAUCACUGAUGGAGUCUGUGGCCACCAUGUCUCUCACAAGGCACCAUACAGGCUAUUUUUGUUUGGGUAGUUUAGCACAACAAGCACUGUGGAGAGUGGAGUGGAGUAGCCCAUAGCCUGGAGGCUCGGGAAGACCCUGUGUCCCUGCAAGCUGAUGCACUCUCAAUGAUGAGCCCAGAGUGUGGGCCUAGCAGGCUUUUCAGGGCUGGGAAAGUCUGAAUGAGUACUGAGUUGUUUAAAAUAGCUUUAGCUGCCUCAUCAGUCAUCUACUCUCAGUGACGUUGCAGACGAUACCAAGUAUACCAUGAUCUUUUCAGAAAGAAGCAAGACUAUGAGAGAAGGCUGGGAGAAAAGGCAGAGAGAAAAUAGAGUGUGGCAAGACAGACAUUCUGGAUUGUUUGAAGUGUGUAGCCAAAACCUGAAGUCAGUUUAUGGAUCAUCUGUGUACCUCUCUCCCACCAACUGAGCUAUGUCAAGCCUGGGCUCGAAAGGAUUCACCAGCACAGAGGGGCCCAGGCGGUUGCUUUGGCAUCUCUAAGGAAAAAACUUGCUCCAUCCAACCUGUCACUGCUGUGGUAUCAAUAUCAGGCCAGACAUUUUUCCCCCAAAGAGUGAUGGGUGAUAAACCUUGUCUUUAUCCACCUGAGCAAGUCUGUCACUUCCCCACCUGUCCCCCAUUUCUCUCACUGUAAAAGGAGCAGGUAACAUCAGUAAUUCAGGGAUUUUUAUUGUUAACAUUUGUUGGUUUUUGUGUACCAGGCUGAGGGGGGAUCUGAGUUCUCAAAACCUUUAAGACCAUGGGUUUCUGUGUAAUGCCAGCACCCAAAGGGAGUGAAAGCCUGGAAAGGGAUACCAGACAAUCCAUCCACUGCCAUUGUUUGCCAAGAGAACCAAAUCAGUCUUUCCCCUCUGAAUGCUUUUGAGCUCUAUUUCCUAAGAAUGACAUCCACAGAUGUCCUCUGUGGGGGCACUACUGGAAAUGAUCAUGUAGGGCUGAGAAUGCUGAAACUAAAUUUGUAAUACUCAGCUGCUGUAAUCUGCAAACAGUGCUAAGUGCUAGAAAGAGGCAGCAGCCGCCCUGCAAAGCUGUUUUCAAGUACAUAUGAUCAAGAGAGUCACUUGUCAGCCACAGCAAGUGCCCACUUCUGCUCAGACUCCAGGAAGUCAUGAGGGUGAUCACCAUGCAGAUCUUUACAGAAAUACCAUAAAACAUGAGAUGAAAAAUAACUAUUGAGUUGUCUAGUCUAGCCACUUAUCCAUCCCUUAUAAGUACAAAGUGAAUGAUUGGCACCAGAAGACCAAAGGUUUAAAGUAGGGGUGUUUAACUAAAAACAGCAAUAAAGGUAUGAAGAAAGCAACUCUGCUAGCUGCUAGCAUACAAUUCUGGCUUAGCUGCUGCAGUAACAGGAAACAAGGCUACAAAUUACUUUCAUAGCUCUGUAUUUCCAUUUGGUUUAAAAACUACAGCCCAGUUUUCAGAAAAAAUACAUUACAAAACUCAUUACAAAAAUGAGGUUUUAUUAUUUUUAAGCACUGAUUGCAAAUAUAAGUGCAGGUAUGCAGCUGGUGUGAAAGGGCCCCCCGGGGAUGAACAGCUCCACACAGAAGUGUUUUGGGAAGGCUCUGUAAACAGGUGUUGCUACCCCUGGGUUCACUGAUUCCACAGAGGGCACUCACUGACACAGUGUUUCAUCCUGCAGGAUUUUCUGGGAGGUUUUGGGACAUAGUAAGAUAAGGCAAAGCCCGUGCUGUUCCCAACACAUGGCAAUGCACACCAGGAGCACUACUGGAUGCCGUGCUUCUGCCUGUGAUGAUGGGAUGGGAAACAGGGCAGAGGAGAAGAGCAGCAGUUUGGCAGAUAUCUGUUUGAUUGAUACGUGUCCACAGACACCUAGUUAUCCUAUGUAAGAUGUGUGGUGACACCCUCCAAGGUUAUUUUGCCUGCAGGUCCCUCUGCUCAGUGCUCUGCUUGUGGGUCAUGCUGAUGAUCUCCAGGUCUGGGAACAGUCUCCCUGGGUGCGAAUGCCUGCAGGGAAAAGCUCUCAUCCCCUAGUAUAAAGAUGCAACCCAAAGGAGUCAGCACCCUAUGGGCACCACUGCCUGCAGACCUUUCUCAGUCUCCUGAGGUGCUCGUGGUGAAUCCUCAACCCCCCCAGUUUCGCGUGUCAGGAAGGUUUAACUUCAAAUUAUUUUCAAGCUGUUGUUUUCCCUGCAGAAAUUUUGCGUUGCUACACAUCCUUGUGUUCAGCAUCUUUGCUUUGUAGUGGCUCUCGUGGUCCGUACUCUGUCAGGAUGCUCAGUUCGAGUGGUUUUCUCCAGACCUCAUCUCUUCAGAUGAGGCAAACAAAACUCCCUCUGGGAAAUAAAGGGUUCAGAUUCACCAGGCAAGAGAGACCUCCUAAAGGACUCUUUCAUGUAUAGCCAAAGAAACUAGAGAGUGUCAGAUUUCAAAGGCAAAACACUGCCAUCAGAAAGGUGUACAGGCUCCAUACAGAAUGGACCCUUCACAACUUGGCAGCCUUUGAAUUCAGCUUUUAAAUAAAAUCACUGAAAAAGUGAUGCAAAAGUAAUAACACAUAAGGAAAGGGGAUUUUUUUAUGGAUGAAACUACCUUUCAAUAUAAAAUAAGCUGUCUCUUUUGAUUUAAUGAUAAGUCAAACUCAUAUUUUGUCUUGGGAAAAUAACACAUCAUCCAGCUCACCACUGGGUAGAUGCCUGAGAGACGAGGGUGUUGGUUCUGCUGAGGCUUGGAUUAGCUUCUGUAUCACUGGCAGAUAUGGAGGGAAUACGGUUCAUGUCUUGGGCUCCAGCACUUCAUCAGAGAUGAUGGGGUGGAAAGCUGAUGGUGAAUGUAAUUCCUGGGAAUUGUGGACAGCCACACCGAAGCAACAUUGUGCAUGAAACCACAUCCAAGUUAUGCUCCCAUGGCCUGUGGCUCUGCUGCCUGGCCACUGUGCACAUACCCCCACUGUGCCCCAACCCCCCGGGGUGUGUCCCUGGGCUCCCCUGGUCCAUCAGGGGAGUGGCAGCAGCAGGUGUGCACUGACUGGGCUGCAGUUCCCAUGGCGACUGUGGAACUGUGACCCUUGAUGUCAUAAGGUGCCUGCUGGAAGGCUGCAGGAGCACCUGUGGCUCUGCUCACACGCUCUCCACCAAAUGAAAGUCUCGAGGCACCUGAGUUCAUUCAUGCCCUGACACACUUUGCAGCGUGGCAAUGUCGGCGCGCGGUUGCUUUCCGGAAGACACCAGCCAGCACCUGAGGCGGAUACAGCGGCAGGUGAGGCUGCUGGACCUGCGCCUGCAGCUGCUCCGUGAGAAGCUGCUUGCAGCCCGCCUGCAGAGGAUGAUGACCUGUCACCGCUGCUGCCUGCAACUGCCUGAACCCCGGCCCCCGGCAAGAAGAGCCCUCCCCGCAAGGCUGGAUGUGGAGCGACGAAUCAACAGAAUACAAAGAUUUAGCAGGACAUUGAAUUCGUCUCAUAGUCAGUGUCAUUUGGCUUUGAUCGACAUGAAGGAUUUUGAGCCCAGGGAUGUCAGUGUGGAGGUGAAGGAUGGGAAGGUGACGGUGUUAGCAGAGCACAGGGAGGAGCGCAACACCCCAGUGUUAAAGACAUGUAACUACAGAAAAUUCAUGAAGGAGUUCAACCUGCCACCAGGGGUGAGCGACGACGAGGUGACCUACUCUCUGGAAUCCAACAGCGUCAUGAAGAUUGAAACGGCACCCAAGGGCUGCCCUCAGCUCCAGGACUACUGAGCUGAACCCAGGCACAGUCAUUCCUCUGCCACAUCCCUUCUACCCACCAGCUUUAAGUCUGUCCUGCUAACUGUGUGCUAACAACUUCUCUCACCUCUUCCAAAAAAGAAGACAGCACUCUGA